CAUACAGAUGAAAGUAGAGUAGCUCAUCAACCGGCAUCAGGGACCAAAGAGUAUGGAAUAUACAAGAAUGUGCUCAAAACUUCAAAAAUUCUAUUGGGAAUAUAAAAAUGCAGUAUAAAGAACGAGGAGAGCUGGCAUGGGAUAAGGAUGAUGCAGCAUCCAUGGAGUUUGUAACUGCUGCUUCCAAUAUAAGGGCACAUAUAUUUGGAAUAGCUACCAAGAGUCUAUUUGAUGUGAAAUCUAUGGCGGGUAAUAUCAUUCCAGCCAUUGCUACUACAAAUGCAAUCAUAGCUGGCCUUAUUGUACUAGAGGCUUUGAAAGUACUCGCUGGAAAUCUGGACAAGUGUAAAACAGUUUAUUUAAGUCGGUGCCCUAAUGCUCGUAAAAAGUUGGUCGUACCCUGUGCCUUGGUUGAGCCAUAUGCCAAGUGUUACGUGUGUUCUCCAAAACCAGAAGUUACUGUUAAACUUAAUACAAAGACACUCACAGUGAAGGCAUUGGAAGAAAAGGUUUUAAAGGUUGGAUUGGGAGUGGUUGCCCCUGAUGUAGAAAUAGACGAUGGCAAAGGUACUAUACUUAUAUCCAGUGAGGAAGGGGAGACUGAAGAGAACAAUGACAAAUUUUUGAGUGAUUUUGCUAUAAUUAAUGGUAGCCGACUCAAAGUGGAUGACUUUCUGCAGCAAUAUGAGUUAGUUAUAACAUCUUACAUUGUGAUGACAAACUUGAAGAUGACAAGGAGUAUGAGCUGAUUGGUGAAAGUCCAGAAUUACCCAAACCUGGUGAAGGUCAACCCGAUGAAAACAUCCAUGACAAGAAUGGAACUGUAUCACCACGUCCUGGGCCAUCAUCAGGU